CGUUACGCUGCGUAGCGGGCUGCGAGACUGGGGGCGGCGGGGCUGGUGAGUUGGAAGCUUAUUCUUGGUCUGCGGUUGGUUGCGUUGCCGGCCUGGGGCAUCCGGAGUUCGGCUGCGAACCGACCUUCCUGCAACCCGCGCUGUGACGGCUUCCCGGCUUUGCUCUCCUUCCUCGGGUCCCUGUUGUCGGGCUCCGGCCCCAGACACCACACGAUGGUGGGCGAAGAAAUGUCUCUGAGAAAACGCCUGUCAAAGUCCAGUGAAAAUGCUGAGGGAAAGGAAGGCGACCAAAGAGACCGUUCAGAGGAGUCCCUAGAGCCCCGCAGCAACGGUCAGAUUAAUUUAAAACAGUUGAUAGCAAAGAAGAUACAAUUGACAGCAGAGGCAGAGGAAUUGAAGCCCUUUUUUAUGAAGGAAGUUGGCAGUCACUUUGAUGAUUUUGUGACCAAUCUCAUUGAAAAAUCUGCCUCAUUAGACAAUGGUGGCUGUGCUGUCACAUCCUUUUCUGUCCUUGAAGGAGAGAACAACCACAGGGCGAAAGAUCUGCGAGCACCUCCAGAACAUGGAAAAAUUUUUGUCAUAAGGCGAUCUCUCUUAGAUGAGCUGUUAGAGGUGGACCACAUCAGAACAAUAUAUCACAUGUUCAUUGCCCUCCUCAUUCUCUUCAUCCUCAGCACACUUGUAGUAGAUUACAUUGAUGAAGGAAGGCUGGUGCUGGAGUUCAAUCUCAUGUCUUACGCUUUUGGCAAACUGACUGUUGCCCUGUGGACAUGGUGCACCAUGUUCUUAUGCACCCUGACAGUUCCCUACUUCCUGUUUCAACGCUGGGCCAGAGGCUAUGACAGGAGUUCUCAUCCGCUGGUCUAUUCUGUCUUCCAUUGCUUCCUUUUUGUGGUCUUCCAGGUUGGAGUUCUGGGCUUGGGGCCACUUUAUGUUGUCUUAGCAUAUACACUGCCACCAGCUUCCCGCUGCAUUGUUAUAUGCGAACAGAUUCGUUUGAUAAUGAAGGCCCAUUCAUUUGUCCGAGAGAAUGUGCCUCGGGUACUCAACUCAGCCAAAGAGAAAUCACGCUCUGUUCCAGUCCCCACAGUCAACCAGUACUUGUACUUCUUGUUUGCUCCUACCCUAAUCUACCGUGACAACUAUCCCAGAACUCCCACUGUAAGAUGGGGUUAUGUGAUUAUGCAGUUUGCACAGGUUUUUGGUUGCUUUUUUUACGUGUACUACGUCUUUGAAAGACUCUGCACGCCCUUGUUUCGGAAUAUCAGACAGGAGCCCUUCAGCGCUCGUGUUCUGGUCUUGUGUAUAUUUAACUCCAUCUUGCCAGCUGCGCUGAUACUGUUUCUUAGUUUUUUUGCCUUUUUGCACUGCUGGCUCAAUGCCUUUGCUGAGAUGUUACGCUUUGGUGACAGGAUGUUUUAUAAGGAUUGGUGGAACUCCACAUCAUAUGCUAACUAUUACAGGACCUGGAAUGUUGUGGUCCAUGACUGGCUGUAUUACUAUGCCUACAAGGACUUUCUCUGGUUUUUCACAAAGAAGUUCAAACCAGCUGCCAUGUUUGCUGUCUUUGCUGUGUCUGCUGUAGUGCACGAAUAUGCCUUGGCUGUUUGUUUGAAUUUUUUCUAUCCAGUGCUCUUUGUGCUGUUCAUGUUCUUUGGAAUGGCUUUCAAUUUCAUCGUCAAUGAUAGUCGGAAAAGGCCGAUUUGGAACAUUCUGAUGUGGACUUCCCUUUUUGCUGGCGUUGCAGUCCUCCUGUGCUUUUAUUCUCAAGAGUGGUAUGCACGGCAGCACUGCCCCCUGAAAAAUCCUACAUUUCUGGAUUAUAUCCGGCCACGUACCUGGACUUGCCGCUACGUGUUUUAGAAGCUUGGACUUUGGUUCCAUCCUUGACACUGAAGAUUGGGUAUCCUGCCUGAUUUGAGGCCAGCAUCUGUUUCCAGCUAUUACUGAAGUUAUCUGUAUUUUUUGGACUACGGCACACCUUCCAAAUGGCUCACUCCACUCCUAGGUCAUCUGCAACUGAGCUAUUAGAAGUUGUCUGGACGCUUGUACAGUUCUUAAUUUUUUACAGCUGUCUCAUAGCUGAUGUAAUGACAGAUUUUUGCUGGGUCACAUCAGCUUAAGCCUCGGUGAUUCUGUUUUGUUUCAUGACUCCAUCUAAUUAGAGACAGAAAUAUCAUGUUUUCUUGGCCACUGCCUUUAGCCAAAACACUGAUGAAGAAAUCAUUUAAAUACCUCUGGCUUAGAAAUUUUUUCAUUACACUGUUGAAAUGUAUGCUAAUGAACCAUUCAGCUGGGAAAGAAAAUAAUGUGGAAUGUUUUGCUGUUUCUAGUAGAAAGAGAGAAAAUACCUAUUUUUCCAAAGAUAAUCUUGUUACACAUCCUAAUUUGUAUUUUUUUUUUAAGUUUAGCUCUAUUCAGUUUUUACCUUGUUGUGCUGUACAGUAAAUGUCAUGAUCUUUGCGAAGCAAUAUUAUCCCUUUCACCUUGAAUUUGAGUUUGCGUCAAUAAUAUUAUAUAUUAUGGGGAACCUAAGUAGAAAGGGAAGAAGAAAGAAGUGGCACAGAAUGAAGAAAAGUGUUUCCUCUUAUAACUUCCAAAGUAAUUUUUUAAAAAGAACUUGUGCAGUCAAUUGUCUAAGUUAUUUUAUCAUGGAACUUAGGUGGAAGAUAACUUUUUGUUUAAACUUUAGGGUAAUAACUUCUUUGACGUUUUUUAGAAGUAACCUUUGGUACAGUUACUUCAGUGUCUAAUAAAUACUGACUUGAAUUAUUUUGCAGGCAUAUGAGUAGUAAUCCCCACCACCAUUAUUAUUCAAGGGAAUAUAAAAGAUCCAGAAGCUGGCUUCUGCAUUUGCUCCGUUGUUAGACUUUUAAUGGAGCUUACCUUAGGUGCAACCAAAUAUAAUCAUUUCCAAGAAAACAUACUUUAUUGUGUAGUGUUCCCAUGUCAUAAGAUGCCUAUAGCUAGCACAGUACGGUGUGUGGGAAUUACUUUGGUUGUUUGUAUGAUGUGUGAUUAUGCUUGUAAAGACUGAGCCGUGGAAAGUCUGUUGGAGGCCAAGAAGGUCAACUUUGCAUCCAAAGAAGUGAGACUUAUGAAUUACCCAACAUAUUACUGUUAUUUGGAGGCGCCUACUUGAGAAGCUAUCUUGGUAUUCUAGCAGCCCUGCUGCUAUCCAUAAAGUUUUGGGAACUCUCUUUCAAAUUGUUUUCAAAGUCAGUUUGAAUCUCACAAGAAGGUAAGUAGAGUUUCUUAAUAAUCACAAGUUAAUUCGUACUGCAGGAACCCAGCUAGUCACCAUACCUUUGGCCCAGUUGAGUUUAGUUAGACAUGUCCAAAAACCUCGGCAGACAAAAGCAUACCUCAAGUAUACCUUACUGUUCCCAAGCACUAAUUAUCUGUAUAGUGGUUAUUAUAAUUGUCAUGGAAUAACCUCCAAAUAAGACUGCUUUAAUACAGCUCAUUGUUUCUAGCACUUUUAUUAAAAAUUAAAAUCAAUCAA